AUGGAGUGGGGAGAUUCAAGAUAUGGAGGAAAGCUGCCAGAUCUGAAUGUAGAAUGGGCAGUAAAAGGAGGCGGCGGUGAUUGUGAUCUAAAAAGAAGUUUUGGAGGUUCAGAUGAUAGAAAACUUGAACUAUCACUUGACUCACCAGUUUAUCUUGGUGAAUAUGAUGAGGAAGAUAAAGCAGCCAAGGCUUAUGAUUUAGCUGCAUUGAAGUAUUAUGGUCCUACAACUCCAACAAAUUUCCCGUUAUCCAUUUAUGAGAAAGAACUCAAUGAAAAGAAGAACAUGAAGAAGGAAGAAUAUAUAGCCACCAUAAAAAGACAAAGUGGUGGCUUUUCAAAGGGUGCAUCAAUAUAUAGAGGAGUGAGAAGGUCUGGUGAAAGAUGGCAAGCUCGAAUUAGAGUCCCAAACAAGUAUAUGAGUCUUGGAACUUUCGGUACACAAGAGGAAGCAGCCAAGGCAUAUGACAUUGCAGCAUUAAAAUACAGAGGUGCAAGUGCAGUUACUAAUUUCCCUAUUAGUAACUAUAAUGUUGAACAUAUAUGUUCAAGUUCGAUGUUAACCGGCGAUGAUGUUGCAAAACGUCCAUCGCCUCAGAACUCUUCGUCGUAUGUUGCUGCCAUCGAAAAUGAGUUAGUCAGUUGUGGUACCAAAUUGGCUUUAAGCCUUUAA